AUGGCUUUUGCACCUCCAGCCCUGAUUGGUUCCCAGAAUGCAUCGUUCUCUCAGCAAAUUGCAGAUAUUCAGCGUCUCAUCCAACAAUCAGGCCUCAAAUUUGUGAUGCACGCUACCGGCACAACACUAGAAGGAACGUGGGAUGAAGUCUCCCGAUUGAUCGGAUUUGCACACAGCCUCGUCCACCAAGAAGGAAUAGCCAGGGUUCAGACCGAUAUUCGCGUUCAAACUAGGUAUUCUACCCUUGCACUGAUGUCAGACAACUCCAAUACUCACUCUGUUGACAGAACUGACAAGGUCCAGCCGAUGGAGGGCUUUGUUUCCUCGGUGGAAGCAAUCUUGUCUGCCACUUAA